UUAGUUGUCCGUCGUUACAGACAGAUAUUCCGUCAAUUUUUAAAUAAAAAAAAAAUCACUAGCCAGUAGUUACAUGUUUACAGUUAAUUAUUAGGACGAUAUUCGUUAUUUUUUAAGUAAUUAUUAGUUGUGAAUUAUUGAGGAUCAGCGAGGAUCAAUAACACCCUUUGCAGCUGAGCAACCAACAUCGAAGGAUUACGUCCACGCGAUAGCUUCUUGUCCACGGAGCUAGCCCGUCUGAUAAAUCCCCCGAAACAACACGAAAGCAAGGCAACCAAGCACUGCAAUCGACUGAUCAGUAAUAGCAAUGCCAGCACGUUUCGAGGCAUCAAACAAUCUAAUGAUGCGCGAGCCAUCGGCCAUGGCAAACGGAGUGCCCCUCUCCUCCGACGAGGACAUCGUUAUCAGUGGAGUCUCCGGUCGUUUCCCGGAAUCCGAUAACAUUGAGGAAUUCAAACGAAAUCUCUUCGAGGGUAUCGAUAUGGUGAGCGACGACGAGCGUCGGUGGAAACGGAAUCUCCACGGUUUGCCGGCGCGUAACGGUAAAAUAAAGGAUUUGUCAUCAUUCGAUGCACAAUUUUUCGGUGUUCACGCGAAACAGGCGAACGUUAUGGAUCCACAGUUGAGAAUACUUCUCGAGUUAACCCACGAGGCCAUUAUCGAUGCUGGUAUUAAUCCAGUUGAUAUCAGGGGUUCCAAGACUGGUGUUUUUAUUGGCGUCUCAGAGUCUGAGAGUCAGCAGCAUUGGAACGCUGAUCCCGAGAAGGUUACUGGUUACGCACUCACUGGAUGCUGCCGUGCCAUGUUUUCCAAUAGAAUUUCCUACACAUUCGACUUUACUGGCCCAUCCUUUGCUGUUGACACAGCCUGCUCCUCCUCCCUCUUUGCCAUGCAACAAGCCAUACUGGCAAUACGAUCAGGCCAGUGCGAUGCUGCAAUUGUUGGUGGCUGUAAUCUCGUUCUCAUGCCAACAACAUCACUCCAAUUUCAUAAUCUCAAUAUGCUCUCCGAGGAUGGUACCUGCAGAGCAUUUGAUGCGGCGGGCAAGGGUUAUGUAAGAUCAGAAGCCAUUGGUGUUUUGUAUCUACAGAAGUCACGUGAUGCACGACGUGUAUACGCAACUGUUGUACAUUCAAAAACAAAUGUCGAUGGGUGGAAAGUGAUGGGCAUCACUUAUCCAUCUGGAGAUAUGCAGAACAAACUCAUGCGCGAGGUAUACCAAGAGUCUGGUAUUGAUCCAGCUGAUGUUGUUUAUGUUGAGGCACAUGGUACUGGCACCAAAGUCGGUGAUCCACAAGAGGUCAACUCAAUAGCUGAACUUUUUUGCAAAAAUCGAAAAACUCCCCUUCUCAUUGGAUCUGUCAAGUCUAAUAUGGGUCAUGCUGAGCCUGCUAGUGGUGUAGCCUCCAUAGCUAAAGUACUCAUUGCUAUGGAGUCGGGAAUUAUUCCCCCGAAUCUUCACUUCAAUAAUCCAAAUCCAGAUCUCACAGCGUUAAUUGAGGGAAAAAUAAGGGUUGUUGAUAAACCAUUACCCUGGAACGGUGGUCUCGUUGCUGUUAAUUCUUUUGGUUUUGGUGGUGCUAAUGCUCACGUCAUACUCAGGAGCAAUCCAAAGCCUAAAGUUCUCCCUGUUCUCAAUGCAACAAUUCCAAAAAUUGUUGGUAUAUCGGGCAGAACGAGUGAGGGUGUCACACGAUUUUUAGACAAAGCUCAGGAGCACGCCAAGGACGACGAGUUCAUUGCACUGAUUCAUGGACUUCAUACUAAGAAUAUUCCUGGACACUUGCGCCGAGGUUUUCAGAUUCUAGGAGAUUCAAAUAUCCGAGAAAUCAAUGAGGGUAUAUCAAUAACAGCAACGCCCAUUUGGUUUGUCUUCUCGGGGAUGGGAUCCCAGUGGGCCGGCAUGGGCAGGGAAUUACUUUGUAUUGAUACCUUCAAAACCAGUUUGAGGAGAUGCGCUGAGGCGCUGAAAACUGUAGGAAUCGAUCUAUUUGAUUUAAUUCUCAAUGGGACAGAUAAAACCUUCGAGAAUGUUCUCCACAGUUUUGUCUCAAUUGCUGCUAUUCAAGUGGCACUUGUCGAUGUUCUGGCAAUGUUGGGAAUUACUCCUGAUGGCAUCGUUGGACACUCAGUUGGGGAGCUUGGCUGUGCUUAUGCCGAUGGAACAUUUACUCCUGAGCAGACUGUUCUCGCUGCCUACUGGCGGGGAAAAAGUAUUGAUGAUUCCAAAUUGCCACCUGGAGCUAUGGCUGCAGUUGGUCUCAGCUGGGAGGAGGCUAGUAAGAGAUGCCCUCCAGAUAUAUCGCCUGCUUGUCACAACGCCAGCGAUUCAGUAACAGUGUCUGGGCCCGUUGAAUCAAUCAAUAAAUUCGUUGAGGAGCUGAAGAAAGAGGAUAUCUUCGCUAGGACAGUCAACAGCUCUGGUGUUGCCUUCCACAGUAGGUACAUUGCUUCGGUUGGACCUAUUCUACGAUCUGUUCUUGAAAAAUUGAUUACCCAUCCCAAACCGAGGUCAUCCAAGUGGAUCUCUUCGUCAAUUCCUGAAGCUGCUUGGGGCACAUCAUUGGCGCAAUCCAGUUCAGCUGUUUAUCAUGUUAACAAUUUACUAUCACCAGUUCUCUUCCACGAGGCUUUGAAACACGUCCCCAAUGAAGCUAUUGUCAUCGAAAUUGCACCCCAUUGUAUCCUACAAGCGAUAUUGAGGAGAUCAUUACCAACGACAAUACCAGUUGGUCUUCACAAGAAGGAUCAUGCCAACAAUCUUGAAUUUUUCUUGACAAGCUUAGGAAAAAUCUACAAUGCCGGUGGCCAGCCCAUAUUCAGCAAGCUUUACCCACCAGUUAGUUAUCCAGUUGGCAGAGGAACACCCAUGAUGAAUUCAUUGGUUGGCUGGGAUCAUUCAACAACUUGGGAUGUUGCUAAUUUCUCCAGCAAGUCUGGUGGAUCUGGUGAAGCAAUUGUUGAAAUUGACUUGUCCCAGGAGGAGCACGCUUUCUAUGCUGGUCACACUAUUAACGGAAGAGUGCUAUUCCCCGCCACAGGGUACUUGUUCCUCGUCUGGAAGACUUACGCCAAAAUCCAUGGUCUCGAUUUUCAGCAGACACCCAUUAUUUUUGAGAACGUACAAUUCCACAGAGCCACGAUUAUGCCUAAAGAUGGCACUGUCAGAUUCCUCAUUAACAUAUUUGAUGGUACCGGAGACUUUGAAAUUUGCGAGAGUGGUUCGCCGGUGGUGACUGGUAAAAUUCGCCAAUCAGACAACAUCGAGAAAGAUCAGCUGAAUCUGCAACCACCUACUCCUAAAGACGAGACAAAUCUUCUCAGACUAACAUCCAAGGACAUCUACAAGGAUCUCAGACUACGCGGAUACGAUUAUUCAGGAAUUUUUCAGGGAGUCAAAUCUUCCGAUAAUUAUGGAAUAACCGGGGAACUGGCCUGGAUUAACAACUGGGUAUCUUUCAUGGAUACAAUGCUGCAAUUUAACAUUCUGGGGAAAGACACGAGAGAUCUGUAUCUUCCCACCCGACUCCAAUACGCCGCCAUUGAUCCAAUAGGUCAUUUACAAGUGGCUGCGAGUCUCGGUGAGAAUGAGGGCUUCAGAGUUGAUUCCUACGUAGAGAUCGGUAUUAUUAAAUCUGGUGGUGUUGAGAUGAGAGGAAUGAAGGCAUCCUUGGCACCUAGGAGGCAGCAGUCCCAGGCACCCGCUAAGCUGGAGCGCUACACAUUUGUUCCUUAUGACAAUAGCCAAACACUGGUUGAGGAUCCAACGAAGGCACGCCUCCAUGCUAUGACAGUUCUUCUACAAAUUGUCAAUGAGAAUCUCGGACUUUUGAGGCUUAAGGGAGUCGAGGUUUGUGGUGAACGAAGUGUAGAGUCUCUUCUAGCUCCAAUGGUCCUAGAAAUUCUACAAUCAGAGCCCAGUUUGAGUGUGGACCUUCAACUUGCCACAACAACAUCAGACAUGUACAUAUCAGUGAUGGAUCAGUUGAAGAUCAAAGCUAUUGCCAAGGACAUUUCCAGCACACCGGUCAGUCAAGAUCUUCACUUUAUUGUGGCAGCUGAUGUUCUGAGCAACGGAGAUUCAGUUGCACUUCAAAAUCUCGCAGAAUCUAUCAAAUCUGGUGGCUUUAUACUUCUCGAGGAAACAGGAACGCCCCAGAAAUCUCAUUUGAUUAAAGCAGGCUUAACCCUGACAGCCACACAAGUUGUCCCUGGUAAGACAUACCUUUUGCUCAGAAAGAAGCAGGAGACCGAGGCUGCAAUAAUCAUUCAGAUAACUGAAAAAAAUUUCACUUGGCUGGAAGGCUUAAAGGCAGCCCUGAAGCAAGCUGCCAAGGGCCAAGAGGUUCUCUUGGUAUCCCAGGGAGAGGAAAAACUUGGUCUCAUUGGUCUCAUGACCUGUAUCAGACGAGAGGAGGGUAGUCAGCAUGUGCGUUAUGUCUUCAUUCAAGAGAAAAACGCACCGAAAUUCUCACUGACAAAUUCAUUCUAUUCCCAACAACUCGAUAAACACCUUAUGGCAAAUGUUCUCAAGGGUAAUCAAUGGGGAAGCUACCGACAUCUUCGCCUUGAUCAACAGAACGAUGUUUCUUCUCUACACGUUGAACACGCCUAUAUUAACGCUCUUACUUCCGGUGAUCUCAGCAGUCUCAGGUGGAUCGAGGGACCUCUCAGCUACUAUCAACCAGAGAAAUAUCCAGAUUCUGAAUUGUGCAGUGUUUAUUAUGCCCCACUCAAUUUUCGUGACAUCAUGCUGGCAACUGGUAAACUACCACCUGAUGCAUUACCUGGCGAUUUAGCUGGACAAGACUGUAUUCUCGGGCUUGAGUUCGCUGGACGGGAUAGCAAAGGCAAGAGAGUCAUGGGAAUGGUAGCAGCAAGGGGUCUCGCUACCACUGUUCUCGCUGAUCCUGGAUUCAUGUGGGAGGUGCCAGAUAACUGGAGCUUGGAGGAGGCUGCCACUGUUCCAGUUUGCUACUCGACGAGUUACUAUGCCCUCUUUGUUCGUGGAAAAUUGAAACCCGGUGAGACUGUCCUCAUUCACGCUGGCACUGGUGGCGUUGGACAAGCGAGUAUCGCCAUCUGUCUUCACGCUGGCUGCAAAGUAUUUACAACGGUUGGCUCCAAGGAAAAACGGGAAUUCUUGAAGAAGACUUUCCCACAGUUGACUGACAGAAAUAUUGGUAACUCCAGGGACACGAGCUUUGAACAGCUCGUUCUCAGCGAGACAGCCGGACGAGGAGUUGAUCUAGUGCUAAAUUCUCUUGCUGAGGAGAAACUCCAGGCCUCUGUUAGAUGCCUAGCGAAGGAUGGAAGAUUUUUGGAAAUUGGUAAAUACGAUCUCAGCAAUAAUUCACCACUGGGAAUGUCUGUUUUCCUCAAGAAUACGAGCUUCCAUGGAAUCCUACUCGACGCCCUCUUCGAUAGUGAAUCAAUGGACAAGCGUGAGGUCGUCAAACUUGUUUCUAUGGGGAUCAAGAGUGGAGCUGUCAAGCCAUUACCUUCCCGAAUAUUCACCGAGCAGCAGAUUGAGGAGGGAUUCAGAUUCAUGGCAAGUGGAAAACAUAUUGGAAAAGUCCUACUCAAGAUCAGGGAUGAAGAGUCUCGAGGUAUCGCUAAACCAGCCCUCAAAACAGUCAAAGCCAUUCCCAGAACGUACAUGAAUCCAGACAAGAGUUAUAUUCUUGUCGGUGGUCUUGGUGGAUUUGGUCUCGAACUGGCUAAUUGGCUAAUCACUCGAGGCGCUAAGCACAUUAUCCUUACAUCAAGAUCGGGAAUAAGAACUGGUUAUCAAUCUGUCUCAAUUCGCCGGUGGAGGAAGAUGGGAGUCAAUAUCAUAAUCUCAACAGCUGAUGCCAUAGAAUUAAAGGGUACUGAACAGCUGAUUUCGCAGGCUGCUAAAAUAGCACCUGUCGGUGGAAUCUUCAAUCUCGCAGCUGUUCUUCAUGAUGCUCUCAUACAGGACCUAGAAGAAGGUCACUUUAUUGCUGUAGCCAGACCCAAGAUAGACACAACGAAGAAUCUGGACGUAGUAUCGAGGAAAAUGUGUCCAUCGCUAGACUAUUUCGUUGUAUUCUCCAGUGUCUCCUGCGGCAGGGGCAAUGGUGGUCAGACUAAUUAUGGUUUUGCCAAUUCAGCCAUGGAAAGAAUUGUUGAACAGAGACAAGCCAAUAGCCUACCGGGAUUGGCCAUACAGUGGGGAGCUAUUGGAGAUGUUGGCAUGGUUGCUGAGGCAAUGGGGAAUAAUGACACUGAAAUUGGUGGUACUCUACCCCAGAGAAUGUCGAGUUGUUUAGCCACUAUUGACACUUUCCUCCAGCAACCCCACGCAGUGCUUGCCAGUAUGGUUCUUGCUGAUAAAAAUAGAUCAAGUGAUAAUGACAAACAAGUUGGCCUCCUCCAGGUUGUCGCCAAUAUCCUCGGCAUCAAAGACGUGACCAUCGUUAAUGCCAGCAACAGCUUGGCUGAUUUGGGAAUGGAUUCACUUAUGGGAACCGAGAUUAAACAGACUUUGGAGCGUAACUACGAUAUCGUUCUCUCUCCCGCUGAAAUUCGAGAUCUGACAUUCGGAAAAUUGACAGAAUAUUCAAUGGCUGACGAGGCUGAUGUUCGCGUCAAUUCAAUGACACCUAAAGGAACCCCAUCACCUGACGCUAAAUCGCCCACCUCUCCUGAGGAUGGCCCUAGCGAGCAAUUACUCUUCCAAAUAAGUGGAUCGGAAAUUAUUCCCAGUGAGCCUAUUAUCAAAUUCAAAACGAAAUCAGACACAAGAUUGCCAAUAUUCUUUGUUCACGCAAUCGAGGGAAUUGUUACGACGAUGAAUCUCAUAGCUAGUGAAGUGGAGAGGCCAGUCUAUGGCCUCCAGUGUACCAAAGAUGCACCAAUGGCAUCUAUCUCGGAUUUGGCGGCAUUCUACGUUUCACACGUGAAAAAAAUUCAGCCUAAGGGACCGUAUACCAUUAUGGGUUACUCCUUUGGCGCUUGUGUCGCUUUUGAAAUGGCCCUUCAGUUAGAGAGUGCCAAUGACAAAGUACAUCUAAAACUAUUGGAUGGCUCACCAGAUUACGUGAAGAUUCACAUACAAGUUAUUGGAAAGCAGGCGGAGAAAAAUGAAAGUGAUUUCAAGGCAGAUGCAGUACGCAAAGUCAUGGCCUUUUUCAUCAGGCAAUUCAAUGCCGACGUGAGCUUCGUCAAGGCCUACCUUGCCCUCAAAGAAAUCGAUAAUUAUCAUCCAAUGAUGGACAGAAUGGUGGAACUCAUCGGCCCAACACCGUACACCAACGAGGAUAUGAAACUUGCUGGCAUGCUGUUCUAUUACAAAAUUCUAGCUGCUAAUGAUUACAAACCUGCUUCCAAGUUCUCUGGCCCUGUUACACUCAUCAAGUCAAUGGAUAAUUUCUUCUCCAUUGGCCAGGAUUAUAAUUUGUCAGAGCACUGCACGCAGAAUAUCAAUAUUGAAGAGCUAACUGGAAAUCACAGGACAAUUCUCACUGGUGACAACGCCAAGAUCAUCGCGGAAAUCCUCAACGUUUAAAUUUGACAUAAAGGACGAGUAGAUAUCCUUAUGAAGACCCCCCCACAUGGAACACAAGUCCAAAAUUUUGCAUUAAUUAGAAAGAUAAUCAAUUUCAUCUCUCGUGAUUAUUGCUUUUGUAUAUAAAUGUUAAUGGAAAAUUUAAUGAGGAUGUUUUUGACUUUUCAUUGAUGGCAACAAAUUCUUGUUGAAAUUGAGAUCUUUCAGGAAAUAGAUAGAAUUAUGAAAUUACUAGGAAUAUAAUUCUCAUGCACAAGUGAGCUAGGAAAUAAGGGGAUGUAGAUGUUUAGUAUUCUUUCCGUUAUUUUAAGGUGAAUGAAAUAUUUUUUCAAUUUCCGUGAAAUUUAAUUGAUACUUUUAUACACAUAUGAAAAAAAAGGAUACAUAUUUUUUUUUCAAUUUAUAAAAAUUUGUCGCCACGAAUGAACAUUUGCGAAUGUUACACCAAUUCCAUGUAAAUUUUCCUCUGGAUAAUGAGAGGGCAUGAUUUUAAGUUAGUUAAGAUCGAUAAUUAUAUAAGUUUAAUAAUUAAUGGGUAACGAAGAAGUGGAAUGAGAUGCCAAGGAUAUUUAUACGGUUUUUUAAUGGGAACUUGGUGGACAGAGUUCACAUUGUCAAACUGUAUGAAUAUGGUACCCAAUGUAGGUGAAUAAAAAAAUAAUGCAAUUAACGUAUUUAUUUCUUAUUAAUCAUUCGAUGGAGGAAUGAGUUAUAUCGUUAAAUUAACAAAAUGUAUGGAUAUAUUUUCUUUUUAUUCUUUCACCCAUUAUUUUCAUACACAUUCCACAUUAUCAUUCUAUCUUUAUUCUUGUAUAUGAGGUGUACUUCAACUGAGUUUAAUACUGUGCAUACAUACAUAAUCAAUAUGCAUUGUCUACCCAAUAAGUGGAAUUAACCGAAAAGAAAAGACUUUGAAUUAUUAUUAUUAUUAUACUGUGGCUAGAGUAAUUAUUGUAAGGUUGUAUUGAAAGUAAAAAAAGUUAUUUAGAAUUCAA